AUGGAGGCUCUUCAGGUAUCGAUGCCGGCACAAUUGUAUCAGCUAUUAGCGCUGGUGGUCACUCGCACUCGCAUGGAAACUCGUAUGGAGGCUCUUCAGAACUCGUAUGGAGGUUCUUCAGGUAUUGAUGCUGGAACAAUUGUUUCGGCUUUGAGCUCGGGCGGUGGACAUUCACACUCUCACUCAAGCGGACCAGGGAUUGACGCCGCUUCGAUUGUUGGAGCUCUUAGCGACAGUGGACAUGGCCAAUCUCAUUCAUCAGGAUUUGAUGCCGCUUCGAUUGUUGGUGCAAUCUCAGAUUCUCAGCACGAUUCAGGUGCAUACGGUAAUGCUGGCGGCUUAGAUAUUGCUUCGAUCGUGAGUGCCGUUGGCCAAUCAGAUCAAGGAUAUUCAAGUGGUGGUUAUUCAAGUGGUGGUCAUUCAAGUGGUGGUUAUUCAAGUGGCGGAGGAUUGGAUGCGACUGCCUUGAUCGGUGCCAUUUCCGAUUCUCACUCACAAUCUUAUGCAGCUCCAGCUCAAACCUAUUCAGCUCCAGCUCAAACCUAUUCAGCUCCAGUUCAAACCUAUUCAGCUCCAGCUCAAACCUAUUCAGCUCCAGCUCAAACCUAUUCAGCUCCUUCCCAGUCAUAUGGUCCACCAUCAAGCUACGCAGCUCAUUCACAAACAUAUUCGGCACCCACACAGACCAUCUCAGUUCAAACUUAUUCAGCUCCUGCUCCAGCUCCAUCUCAAAGUUAUGGCCCACCAUCAAGCGGUUACAGUCAACCCAUUUCAAGCGGUGGAUUUCUAGGCAGCCAUUCAUUCGGUGGUGAUGCUUCAUACGCAUCUGGUCACGGCAGUUACAACAGCGUCGGCACACAAAAUCUUGCCACAGCAACCGGUCACGACAGCUACGAAGGCCAUGAUAGUUAUCAAGCACCUCCAUCUGGUUUGAUUGGCGGUGAAGCUCCUCAUAAUGAUGACAGUGGAUACAACUACCCACGACCAUCACAUGGACUCUCACAUUAAGCACUCCAAUGAUGCAAAAACAAAUUGCUAGGUUUUCUUUUUAAAUUGCUAUUUAAGAAAUCGAAGUAAUUAUUUUUUUGAUAGCAUUCAAAGGAUGCAAAACAUUGCCAUUACAAUUUAUAUUCAUCUAGGCGUGAUUGAUCCAUUCGCUCUAUCUAGUUCUUUUAUCCUUUUUCUUUCGAUCUAUCUUUUUAUCUUACUAAACGUCUGUACUUGACCUUUUCCAAUCUUUAUUUAUACAUUUCAAUUGAAUCAGGGUGAAUGGCACCGGGACGUAAGCAUGCAUCAUGCUCAUAAACUCUAUGUAAAGUCCAUAACUUGAUUCACAAAUUGCUUUCAUUGACACUAUGGUUUUUUGCAUUUACAUCAAUUAAAUGCAUUAGGAACAUAACAAAUUUCAUCGAAAGUAGCAACACGUAUCAUGCAUGAACUCACACAUACUCACGCAAACGAAAAAUGAUAACCACGGGUAAUACAAAGUAAAGGAAAGCAUACAAACCUAACGGGAAAAACACCCACACUCUUCUCCAUACUAUUUUCAAAGGAUGAUUCAAUAGUUUGAAAAAACCUUCAUCUUCUUCUUAACAUUUCUUUUCUCUCUCUCUCUCUCUCUCUCUCUCUCUCUCUCUCUCUCUCAUACUACUUUCACACAUCUGUCACCCUAGAAUUUCCCUUCACUUUUAAGUUACCAAUCAUUUUGGGUUCCGGCGUAUGGAACACAUAUACACACAUCUGUUUAAUUGGCCAACAACAAAUUAGCUCGAUUAACUCAUUUUAGGUUGUUGUAACUAUUUAAUGUAAAUGUUAUGCAAAAAGUUUCAAAUUCUUUUAAGCAUAUAUUGUAUAUAGAGACUGUUUCUUAAUAAAAAAAAAAUUGUUAUAAAUGCCCACACGUUUAAAUUCAAUUCAACCAAAUCUGAAGCUGUAUCAAAAAUCCAUUUUGAAUUAUUCAUGAUUAAUGAGUGAAAGAUUUUACUUACACAACGGUAAAUUGAAGUGGCUUAGUCAUGGUAAUUCGUCUUUUUUUUUUUUUAAUUCUUUUAACUGAAAUUAUGCGGUCAGAGUAAUCAGUAUGAAAAAUUCAUGCUGAAGAUUGAAUAAAGGAAACUGGCACGAUGUGAUUUUCCAUUCGAUAUUCGAUGCAAAUCGCUUUACCACCAGUUGUGGUUUGCUACUGUAUUUCAAUUAUCAACCGCGUCAAUAUGAUUUCGAUACGAAUGGAAGUUUUUAUUUUAGAUUUUUACUCUUUUAUGCCAUUGUUAUAAACUGUAUUCGAGACUACUUAAGUUAUAUUAUUUUCAAAAUUAGUCUGUCGCAGGGCUGAAUCAAUGGAUUCAGAUCUUUGACUGUGAAAAAAAAAUCCAAAAGCAUCAAAAAUAAAGUAUCAAAAUGUGAAAUCUGAUAUACCAGAAACUUCGCAAUAUCGGCUGCC